AUGAAGACCUGUCUACUUUCGGCUCUUCUGCUCUUCAGCUGCUAUGCCUAUUUUGCAGUGGGAGCACCUCCACAGCAGCAAAGGGGCCCAAACUGCAGGACUCAUCCAACUGACCUGGUAUUCAUCAUAGACAGCUCACGUAGUGUACAACCUUCUGAAUUCGAACGAGUGAAGGACUUCUUGUCUCAGGUCAUCGAAUCUCUGGAUGUCGGUGUAAAUUCUACAAGAGUUGGAGUCCUCAAUUAUGCCAGCUCUGUCAAAAAUGAGUUCUCUCUCAAAACUCACAAGACAAAAGCUGCAUUACUUCAGGCAGUCAAAAAAAUCCAGCCUCUGUCCACCGGUACAAUGACAGGCCUUGCUAUUCAAUAUGCCAUCAACCAGGCUUUCACUGAGGGCGAAGGGGCACGUCUCAGGUCACCAGGUAUCAAGAAGAUGACCACUCUUCGUCAGAUUGCCAGUGAGCCCUUAGAUGAACAUGUAGACUAUGUGGAGAGUUACAGUGUUAUUCAGAAGCUCGGUAAGAAGUUUCAGGAAGCAUUCUGUGAAAUGGCUGACCUCUGUUCCACUGGAGAUCAUGACUGUCAGCAAAUCUGUGUCAGCACUCCUGGAUCUUACACUUGUGCCUGCAGGGAUGGAUUCACAUUAAAUGAAGAUGGCAAGACCUGUAAUGCUUGUGGUGCAUCAGCUAUUGAUCUUGUGUUUGUAAUUGAUGGAUCCAAGAGCGUGCGCCCAGAAAACUUUGACCUUGUCAAGCAAUUAAUCAACCAAGUUGUGGAAUCUUUGGAUGUUGGAGAUAAGAAGGCACAUGUUGGUGUAGUUCAGUACUCCAGUUCAGUAAGACAAGAGUUCCCCUUGGGCAGAUUCAACAAUAAGAAAGAUAUUAAAUCUGCAGUGAAAAAGAUGGCUUACAUGGAAAAAGGAACCAUGACUGGCCAAGCUAUCAAAUACCUAAUUGACAACACCUUUACCAUCUCCAAUGGAGGAAGACCUGGUGUAUCUAAAGUUGGCAUUGUUUUCACUGAUGGUCGUUCCCAGGACUAUAUCAAUGAUGCUGCUCUGAAAGCAAAGGAACUAG